AGGGGGGGCCGGCACUAUAAGAGAGUGAGGAGAAACUCGCUUCCGCGCCUGAUUGUGUUUUGCUCGCGCGCGACACCGACACCACGCGCGUUUCGGUCGCCAACGGUUUUUGUUUUUAUUCCCCCCCCCUCUCGCCGGACGUUCGAAGGGAUGGCGGGCGCCGCCAAUAGCAGCCGGGCGCUGCUGCUUCUCCUCUGCGCGCUGCUCUACCUGGCGCGCCUCAGCUCAGGCAACUCUGAAGUAAUGAAAGCAGUCAACAUUACCUGGUCAUCCAUCAAUUUUAAGACAAUACUACAAUGGGAGCCCAAGCCAGUCAACUAUUUUUAUACAGUUGAAAUAGAUGGGGACCGAUUAGUUCGGAAGAAAAUAUGCAUUCACACUUCAGCAACCGAAUGCGACGUUACAAAUGCGCUGAAGGAUGUAAAAGAUGUCUAUGUUGCUCGCAUAUAUUCUGAAGUGCCAAACAGGGACCCUGAUGAUUUUGAUAUCCCGCCUUAUGAAGUGUCUUCAGAGUUCAUACCUUAUGCCCAAACUGAGAUUGGCGUGCCAACAAUCAAAAGUUUUGAACAAAAAGAGAAAACUUUGAAAGUAGAGAUAGCAGAUCCUCUAACACCUUACAGAUUUGAAGGAAAUGGAAGCUUUCGAAGUAUUAGGGACAUAUUCAAAGAUGAUCUAGAAUACACACUGUACUAUUGGAAAGAUCAAAGUACAGGAAAGAAACAGGAAAACACAAAAAGCAACCUCUUUGAAAUCCGUAUCGACAAAGAGAAGAACUACUGCUUCUAUGUUCAAGCUACUGUUCCAUCACGCUCAACAGACCGUAGCAGUCAAAAAAGCAGUGUAAAAUGUACUGGUGUGAGAAGAGAUGAGCUGGAUGGUCUUGAAUUAGAAGUAAUUCUUAUAAUAGCAGCUGUUGCGGUUGGAAUCAUUGCUCUAAUUAUUAUUUUAUCCGUGGUUGCAUAUAAAUGCACAAGAUCAAAGCCUGCAGCAACAAAAAAAGAGAGCGUGCCCCUAAAUGCAUAAGGGGGAGAAGCACUAAAGACAAAUCGGCUUUAUUGCUGCAAAGGCGACAGCUCAGUCAGUAGAGUAUGAGACUCUUAAUCUCAGGAUUGUGGGUUCAAGCCCCAUGUUGGGCAAAAGAUUUCUGCAUUGCAGGGGGUUGGACUAGAUAACCCUUGUGGUUCCUUCCAAUUCUACAAUUCUACGAUUUUAUAACUCCAUAAGAAAUUCUCCUACCUGUGGAAGCAAUGACCACAGACCCUUCAAUCAAGGGGCGUUUGUUGUUUCUGUGAAACAUUUAUAGUUAAAACACUAUUUUAAAAACCUGUUUUAUUCGGCAGCAACUGUGAUAACUUGUUUUAAAAUGUGUUAACUGACAGAUAUGGUGAAAAUACUACUGUUUCUUUUGCACUUUGGGUGUAUAUUUAGAUCUGUGGUUCUGGGUACAUUAGCUGGUACGGGUUAUAAGAUGCUGUAAGUGUAAGGAAAGGGUUUUACACUCUUGCCAGACUUUAUAUAAUGCGUUAUGGUGUGAAUCAAUAUAAAACAUUAGAAUGUUCCAGAUCCAGGUACGUGCUGUAAAGUUUGAAAGUUCUGAAACUGACUUUGAAGUUCCCCAAAGUUGAUGACCAACAUUAUCGGCAUCCACCUUGAAAUAACUGAAUACGUACAGGAUAUCAUACCUGUUAUGUAUCAGGAUUUAGCACUUUAAAUUUAUACUGAUUAUUAACUGCUGGACAGAGAUAAAAUUAACUAUUUAAAGUGGUGUAUGUCUAAACAAGAUUGAUGUAAUUUGAGAUUCUUUGUGUUGCUAUGUAUAAUCAAUGUUAUAUUUAUGAUUUUUAUGAAUGGGUGUUUAUUUUUGUAUAUAUUGCACUAACUUAUUAUAUCUAAUUUUUACAGAAAUAAAAGUAAAUGGGAAUAAUGGAAAA